CCUGUUCCGCGAAUCCUUUUGGCCCUCUGAGCCGGGGGACUCUCACCAGCUGGCAUGGGGCUACAGCUGGCAGCCGCCCCGUGCUCCCUGCUCCAGUCCUGUGUAUCCGUAAACAAGUGUCGGGUGUCCCGCAGCUCUGGUUGGUCAGAGGACCUACUCUGACAACGCUACUAUGUUUGGAUGAUAGCCAGACAUCUAGACAAAAUCAAUAAUGGUGAGUGAUUUCCCAUUUUGAUGUCCAUAUUUUUCAGAAUGAAUCAAGAGAUGAAUACGCCAUAUAUAUAUAUAUAUUUUUUUUUAUACAGUUUUAUUGUAUGCAAUAACUCUAAGAUUCCUAAUUUGUAUGGAUUGAAGCAUCAGAAUGGCCACAUGAUUCACAAGCAUCCAUAAUUCAUGUUCAUCCUGUCACAUCAGAUUCUACAUUCAAACAUGAAGGCCACCAGCAGAAUCCUUGCGCCCCAAAGUUUAUUUCUGCCAAAUUUACAGCAAAUCAUUUCCGUACAAAAUACACAAGUUGAGUCAGAUUCGGACUGUGGUUGAGGCACAGUUUGAGGCACAGUUUGGUCGCCUUUCAACAAGACACCACCAGACCGUAUGUCUACACUUUUAUUUAGAGGACCGUAGAAUCAAACUAUUGACAGAUAGAAAUGCAAACAAUGUUCUGUAUAUAUGCAUCUUUGGAUGGAAUCUUACUUAAUAUUUCUUCAAUUCUCCUGGUAGGUAAUUCUACAGCAGGUAUUUGUGCUUUAUAGGCCCUGCCAGCCCUGCCAGCGAACACAACCACUCUUUUGUUCAUUCUCUCUUAUUAGCCCUUGAUUAUUGAAAAGCAUGAAUUACCACCAUAUAGGUCCAUGCAUCACAACAGUGGGUCCAUUCCAAUGUCCCAUCUACUUUGCCAAUAAGCCGAGGGACUCGGUACAAAGAAGACCCUUCUCAUCUUCACUCACCACAAGAAAAUCCAUUCCCCAUGCAACUAAUACCAUCAGAGAGAGCCGUGGAUUUAAGCAUAAUUAUAUGAGGUCAAAGACGUUAUGUUUUAAUUAUAUAAGUGAAGCAGGCAGCACACCUAGCUAAUAACCCACCGCAGCCCGAGGCAAUGUCAACGGACAAUGGAAGCGCUUCAACGGACUCUGAAGUUGUAAUUCCUCAGGUAAUGAGUUCUUAUUGAACUAGUUAAGGUCAGACCUGCACUGUAUUUAAAAUAAUGAUCAUCUUGAGAUGAGGUCAAGUUUUGCCAUAGCCUUUGGGCCGUACUAGGUCAUGUUUAUGUAUUUCGAAUACAUUUGAUCAGAAUUAGUCAAAUAAAUCAAAAACCCAAGGAAUCAGCUUGGGACAUAGAGAUGGAUGUUUUUGAAACGUGAGAUAAACGCUUAGGUCAACGUCUUUAGCAUCCAAACAAGGUUCUGGGAACCUGAGCAGCAACACACCCAUAUCCACCCUCAUGCAGUAUGGGAAAAGUGACAACCGGGUAGAGCGACAAAAUGACUGUCUCCUUAGUCGUACUGAGCCCUGCUACGAAGCUGACUGGGAUGAGCAGGUUUCUUCUACAGCACAGAACAGCAGGAGACUCGGGCUCCACUGGACGGAGGCUCCACCAAGGAGACACACCAUUGUAUAGACGAGGGAAAAAGAAAUCGCCAAUAAGUCAGAUCUCGAAAAAAGAAACGCAACAGAGACGGUCACAAUAAGACAACUUGAGGGUUAUCUAGAUAUAGAGCAUAUAGACUGACUCCACACACCGGAGUAUCAGGAUGAAAAUCCGCGUGAUGCAGAUCUGGGGCUUCCUGAUGACAGUGCUGGGCUGGAUCUUUGUGGCAUGCACCAUGGCCAUGGAGGGCUGGAAAGUCACGUCUAUCGGGGGCAUGGGCGGCUCGGCUGUCAUCAAGGUGGCCUGGUACUGGUCUAACCUGUGGAAGGCCUGCUUCACCGACUCCACUUCUGUCACCAACUGCCAAGACUUCCCUGUGCUCUGGUCCGUGGACAACCACAUCCAGAUUGUGAGGGGCCUGCUGAUGGGUGCUCUGUCUGUGGGGAUGCUGGGGUUCGUACUCAGUCUCAUUGGGAUGGAGUGCACCUUCCUCGGGGGCAAGGACAAAGCGAAGUACAGGAAGCUCUUCACUGGAGGAGUCUUUCACAUCAUCAGCGGCUUUCUGGCUGCGUCGGGAUAUGCUGUCUACGCAAAAUACGUCUCCGGGGAAUACUUCAACCCCUAUUUUGACGGAUUAAAGUUUGACCUGGGAACACCUCUGUUUCUUGGCUGGGUGGGAUCAGCUUUCCAUAUGACAGGGGGUUGGUUCUACUUGGUCUCUGUGUGCAAACUGCUCUGUGGGGACGAGAGCAAAACCAUAAUCAUCCCUGAACUUCCCGAGGUUGAGAGCGACCAGGCCAAGUCCACCACACCACAGUCCCCAGUAUCCCAGAUCACCUCAAAGAUCAAGGUUUCAUCUGCAUCUAAGAUCUCUUCCAAAGCUGCACACUCAGAUGUGUCUGCCAUCUCCUCAAGGUCUGGUCAGUCCGGUCGCGCGUCCAAAUCAGAGCGGUCUGGGCGGUCCUCAAACUCCGUGCAGUCCUGGAAAUCUGGCGGCGGUGGUCGUUCAUCGAGGUCUCAUGGGUCAGUGCACUCUGAGGUGAGCAGAGGCAGUAGUAGUACAGUGUCCUCUUUAUCCAGUGAGUCAAGGAGGAGCGAGAGAGAACCGUUUAUCAAAAACUCCUACAUAUGACCUGGUUCUGUUCAAGUAUGUGUGAUUUUGACUGGAUUGAACUGAAGUAACAAUUGUAUAUACUGUAUAUGAUGAUUAAGGCUGUCAGAGUUCAUCCGUUAACUUCAUGGAAUUUUAGUGAACUACUGUUUUGUAAAUCGGGAUUAAUCUCAUUGUCUGAAAGCUUUCAAAAUACAGUGAGAAUAUCCAAAAUACAUCAUUUACACAGCUAAAAAAAACAAACAAUUCAAUGUCAAAACACGUUAACAAUGAGGUUAAAUUAAGUGUGUUUAUCAAUUUACCUGAUUUGCUAACCGUUGCGUUGGACAACUCAAUUUGAGCAAAUUCUGAAUUUGCGAUGAAUCACAACAAAUCCUUUGAUUAACUCGAUUAAAUGUUUGAAUCGUAUGACAGCCCAACGAUGAUCCAAUUGUGAAUCUGUAUGUGGGGGAAUGUCUCUGUAUCUAAGGGUCUUUUAUCCUGGGUGUGUUUCACUAUCAUUAAAUCAAACGCUUCAUCACA